AUGUCUUAUAGAUAUCGAGACGACUUUGGCGCUCGAAGCGCAUCUGUUUCAACUGCUCGCCGUCCCGAAUCGACGUUUGAUAUUGAAGUGCCUCGUUCGCACUCAUAUCCAUAUUACCAGCCGCCUCCAGGUUACAUUCCCCGCCAUCUCCAUGGAGUCGCCAUAGAAACGCCUCUCAUCGAAGAGGGUGGGCGCAGGCCAAGCGCACCGGCCACCUUUCUACGGUGGUUUGUAGAUGGCUUCAAGCGCGAUCCGGAUGCACAGCUCACUACAAGGACGUCGGCGUUCUCUGACCGCAAAGCCUUUGAUCUUGCUGGAGCCGCAGCAGCGACAGCAAACUCACCUCUGAAACGCAGAUUACAUGGCAGGCACCUGCAAAUGAUCGCUAUCGGAGGCUCUAUAGGAACUGGCUUAUUCGUUGGCUCAGGUAAAUCACUGGCCACAGGUGGCCCUGCUUCGGUGUUGAUUGCAUUCCUACUCGUUGGUGUGAUGAUCUAUUCCACUGUCCAUGCACUGGGAGAGAUGGCCGUCCUCUUUCCAGUCGCCGGCUCAUUCUCAGCCUACUCUACUCGCUUUUUAGACCCUGCAUGGGGGUUUGCGAUGGGCUGGAAUUAUGCUCUACAAUGGCUUGUUGUAUUUCCGCUGGAGAUCGUGGCUGCUUCUGUUACAGUGUCUUAUUGGUCGACCUCCCUCUCGCCUGCUCUUUGGGUGACCAUUUUCUAUAUUUUAAUAUUUGCGAUCAAUCUAUUUGGUGUACGAGGGUAUGGAGAAGCGGAGUUUAUUUUCUCGAUUGUUAAAGUUGUUGCUGUAGUGGGAUAUAUAAUUCUCGGUAUCGUGCUUAAUAUCGCUGGUGGGCCUGAAGGGAGCUAUAUUGGCGGCAAGUACUGGCGUGAUCCGGGAGCUUUUCACCAUGGCCUCAAGGGUCUAUGCAGCUGUUUUGUUAAUGCUGCAUUUGCCUUCACGGGCACUGAAUUGGUCGGACUCGCUGCUGCUGAAGCUACUAAUCCGCGAAAAUCCCUCCCUACGGCUGUAAAACAGGUCUUUUGGCGGAUUGCGCUCUUCUACAUUAUAGCUUUGACAAUGGUUGGCCUUCUCGUUCCAUAUACCGAUCAACACCUUCUGAGACCCGGGUCAGAUGCAACUUCCACGCAAUCCAAGGCCUCUCCGUUUGUCAUAUCCAUUAGAAAUGCUGGAAUUACUGGCUUGGACUCAGUGAUGAAUGCAGUUAUUAUGAUCUCAGUUCUCAGCGUUGGGAACUCAGCAAUAUACGGGUCCUCACGUACCUUGGCAGCGCUUGCAGAACAAAACCAAGCACCCCGUUUCCUGGCAUAUAUCGACCGCCGAGGAAGGCCCAUUUUUGCAGUUGGAGUUGCAUUCGUGGCAGGAAUGCUAUCUUUCUUGGCUGGAUCCAGCCACCGUGAUGAAGCAUUUACUUGGAUGAUUGCCAUCUCUGGCCUUUCAGCUAUCAUGACCUGGUCUUCUAUCUGUCUAGCACAUAUCCGGUUCCGCCGGGGAUGGCAUGCACAGGGCCAUUCGCUAGAUGAGCUUACCUUUCGCUCUCAGCCCGGCUUGAUAGGCUCUUACGUUGGCCUCGUUUUCAACAUGCUAGUUCUUAUUGCCCAAUUCUGGGUUGGCCUUUUCCCUGUUGACUUGAAGGAUAAGUCUGCCAAGGGACAUACGCAGAAUUGGUUCUCAGUUUAUCUUGCGGCUCCAAUCGUGCUAGUUUUCUAUAUUCCUUACAAGAUAUGGUUUAGGACCUCUAUAGUAAGGGCUAAAGAUAUGGAUUUGAAGACUGGCCGGCGGGACCUGGAUAUUGGUGACUUGAUCGCUGAGGAAAGACAGUAUAGGGAGCAGUGGCCGGCUUGGAAGAAAAUUUAUAAGAUUUUCUGCUGA